AUGGAGGAGAGAGCUGGUCAGCGAGAGCAAGACAGACCAAGCCUUCGUCUGGAAAAGCUACAGCACUGGGCCAGGCACAGGCAGAGUGGGCACCUCUUGGUGCUGGCGGUGAGCCAGCUAUGGCUGGCAGUGGCUGUGGUGCCCUUUGCUAUCUCAAUUGCCUGCCUGAACUCUGCUUGUCACAUGGCCACAGCACUGCCACUUGGGCCUGGCGUACUGGGUCUCCUCACUGGAAUUGUAACCCUUGAGCUGCGCAGAGCACCCCGUCUCUGGAAGGUGCACGCCAUGAUGCUAUUCAACACCUUCAAUCUGAUCUUGGGCUUCAUCGUGUUGGUGGUCGAAGUGGUGAAGACAGCCUUGAUGUCUGCCCCAACUGUCCCCUCCCAGCUAGCCGGCUUGCUGGUGCUGGAGCUCAGUGCUGAGGCCUUCACCCUAGGGGGAGUGCUGGUCUCAGCAUACUCCCUGUUCCUGCUGAGCCAGAGGAAGCCAGGAUGCUGCUGGAGCCAGAGUCUGCACUACCAGGAGCUGCAGGAGGGUCUCUCAGAAUUAGAGGAAGUUCCUGAUUUGGAGACUGGUCCCACGGUGUCUAGCAGAGCAAACAGAACAAAUGAGUGA